AUGGAAUUAUUACCCCAAGGACAAAGAAACAACACCCACGUGACGUUUGAAGACCAACAGAAGAUCAAUGAGUUCUCAAAGCUGAUCAUGCGCAAGGAUACCAUCGCGCAGGAAUUGACUUUACAGAAACAGGAGAAGGAAUACCUCGAUGAUGUUUCUCUGGAGAUCGAAUUGAUCGAUGAAGACGACCCAGUGCAAUACAAGGUUGGCGACCUCUUCAUCUUCAUGAAGCAGAGCCAAGUUGCCGCACAGCUCGAAGAUGACGUACAAUGUCUCGACCACAAAAUACAGAUAUUAGAGGAUAGGCAAGGAGAUAUUGAUAGCCGUCUUGAUACUCUAAAGGCAUCCCUGUAUGCCAAAUUUGGCGAUAAUAUCAACCUCGAACGUUAA